CACAAAAUCUCCAAAAUGUUGCAGACAGUUGUAUUUUUUCUGUUUGGUAUUUUCUCCAUUUCACUGUUAGCAGGCACAACUUUCAAGCUUGUCAGGUUUCUUUCCACACAACCUGAUCAAGAAUAUGUUAUUAAAGAUUCAUCAAACCUAGUUUUGAUAGUGGUAGACUUUUGUCUUUUACUGUUGUUCAUGGUACAACAUAGUGUGAUGACAUCAAAAUCAUUAAAGAAAGAGUUAUGGCCCUUCUGUAAACCUCUCUACAGAACGUUAUAUACUAUAUCCACGUGUGUAGCUCUCCAGACAUUGAUGUAUUUCUGGCAGAGAACAGACAUUAGUUUAUGGUUGAUUAAUACAGAAGAUGCUCCUCUUACUUCCCUGUUCUUCACAUUAGUACAGAUAUUUAGUUGGAUGAUUCUGUUUCUAGAGAAUACAUUGACAGAGCCAUUCUUCUUGGUUGGAAUCAAGCAGCUGUAUAACUAUAUACAAGGAUACAGAUCACCCAAGAGAUUCUUUAGUCGUCAGUUCCAGGAACUUCUCUCUCACAUGCCCCACCCUGGUACAACCUGUUUUAUACUGAUCUUUUUUGUUAUAUUAUGA